AUGGAAGUAUUUCCGGUUACUACCGUAAUCGAUGUGACUAUAAAAUUUAUUCGGCAUCAUAAGAUACAUUUGGUAAAGAAAGUUGUAUUUUACAAUAUUGAAUGGCGACAAUAUGUCUUUGUUAUAAGCGACGAAUCGGUGACAAAAAUUUUCGAUGGACAUCUAUCUAUUUUGAGUCAUCGUUAUGCCAGUGCAAUGGAGCAUAACUUGAAUUAA